UAUGGGACAUAAGAACAUAAUUUUCCACGAUUUUUGGAAUACUUUGCUGAAUUAAGAAAGAUAUUCUUAUAGUGUUGUUUCCUUAUCCCCCACUCAGUUCGCGCUAGUUGGAUCCCUCCCUUCAACAAGGGAGUUUCUCCAAUUUUCAAACUCAUUUUCGGAGUGUUAACAACGACUGAACGCUAGAAGUGACACUAUACGAGACUAUUCCUAACUGGAUUAUUGAGAAUUACUGGACAGUAUUGUACAGUACGUACGGUACUAUUCCACUGAUUUUGGGAAAACAUGUUUCGAAACUACGGGAACUUGAGCGGGGAGAGACAGCAACCCUUCUCCGGUACUGGUCCCCCACAAACCGGGCCGGUCUCCUCAACAUUUCACUCACAGCAGCCACAGCAGAAGUUCACUGGGGCAAGAACAGGCCAGUUUGUUCCAAGCCUUGAUGCCAUCACAUCGAGCCAGGACUUACAAUGGCUGGUCCAGCCCUCACUCUUGUCCACACCUGGUCCAGCUGGCAGACCACCCAGACCUCCCUUCCCACCAACAACCGGACCCCACCCCCUGCCCCCCCAUCCAUCCCACACACACCUGGUCCAGCCUGGGGUCAUAAGGACAGUGGGAGGGACAAGGGUACCAUCGAGGAGAAGGAAUGAUGAAUAUCUGUCCCAAGAAGAUCUUGAAAAGCGGAGGAUUCGUAGGGAGCGAAACAAAAUGGCUGCUGCAAAGUGUCGGAACCGCCGCCGUGAGUUGACAGAAACACUACAGAGCGAGACGGACCAGCUGGAGGAUGAGAAGUCCCGCCUGCAGAAAGAGAUUGCUGAGCUACAGAAGGAGAAGGAGAAGCUGGAGCUGGUCCUGGAGGCCCACCGUCCCAUUUGCAAGAUCCAGGACUCUGAUUCGGAUUCUGACUCUGACCCAGGACUGGGGCUGCCUACCCUGAGAGCUUCCAAAAUCAGCAGCAAGAAUCCUGACAGGCCUGUUCCUUCAUCAAAGUGCCAUCCCAGGACCGAGAAGCCCAAGCCAAAAAUUACCCUCCCACCAGCACCAUCCAUCUCGUCUAUCCUGUCCCUCCAGUCGUCUGAGUCCGAAUCCCUCCACACUCCAAUCCUCAUCUCCACCCCCUCUCUGACCCCAUUCACAGCCAGCCUGGUCUUCACCUAUCCCUCUGCCCCUUUAGAAGCCAGCACAGCCGGCCCCUCCCACCAUCCCAGCUCCCUCUCCACAUCUUCUAACCGUACGCAUGGUACGGGUGAGCAGAGUCUGCGCCCCCAGCCCUGUAGCAUAGCCCAUCGUCGCCGUAGCAGCAGCGGGGACCAAUCAUCGGACCACUCCCUCAGCUCCCCCACUAUUCUCACCCUGUGACACCAGCCUGAUGAGAGAACACUGUCAAAUGACCCAGAUGCAAUGGCAGCAAUGUAGUCCAUGAUGAUGAUGAUGGGAACAAGUAGAAUGUUUAUGGAUCAAGCUGUUUUUGGCAAGACAUAUUCCAUUAACAGAUAAUUGUAAUGUAAUUACAAAAAACAGUUUGCUAGUGACUUAUCCAAACAAUUCAUUUUGAGUGAUAACAAAUAUACAUACUUAUAAAGAGGUUAUUUUAUAAAUACAUAUUAUGAACAAAGUACAACUAUUUGUUGCCCUGUAUUUUGGCAAAAUUGCAAAAAUCUUGAAAUUUCUAAGCUGGAAAAAAUUAAGCUGAAAUCAUUUCAAUGAAAAUACAUACUGUACUGCCAUCACCAGUUAACCUCGUAGUCCCUACUGAUCUUGCUGCUAGCCAGGAAGCAAAUCUCCAUGUUGAUUCAGAAUCAACCCAAAGCCUUCACGUGAAGGAACUGGGAUUUCACCUGGGCUGUAUACUGUAGCUCUAUUCAGCCUCACAUUGUUUCAAAAUUUUGCUUACGUUGCUGGAGGCUGUUCAUCCUUCUUAGUUUUGGCAAUGCUAGGUAGCAACAUCAGUACUUCAAAGACUUACUUGAACCAAUUCAGCCAUAUGAUGCAUUACAGUGCCUGGUACUUAUUUAAUUGGAAUACGCUGGUUAGAAAAUAUAUACACAAACUUAAUGUUACAUCAUUUGAAGGUGCUAUCUUUAUAUUUGGUUUUUAUAAGCUAUGCAUUAUCUUGUGAGAUUAUAUUAGAACUAUAUAAAAAGUUUAUAUCAAUAGUAUACAUAUAUUACAUAAUAUUUUUCUACAUAUAUUUUCAGAGUAAUCAUUUUAUCAGUAAUAUAUACAGUCAUUAUAAAUGCUAAAAAAAGUAAGGGAUGGCUAUAGAGAACUACGUAUUUAUUGAGGAGAGAAAGUUUUAUUUAUUUUUCACUGAAAUGUAUUUGCAAACUGUUUCUCAUCAGUAAGGGAAAAAAUAAAAGA